UUCUUUAAGCAAUAAAUUGGAUCAAACAUAAUUAUUUAAUAUUAUUUGUAGUGUUCAAGUUAUUCUUGUUUGUGUUAUUCAAUGUUAUUAUUGUCCAUGUUAUUGUUGAUUAAAUAAUUAUUUAUUUAUUGUUUAUUGUUGACAAACGCCAGCUUAAACGGGAAAUACAUUUUAUCAAGACAAAUUUUUGUCAAUUUAAUAUAAAAUUGACUCAUAAGAGAGUACCGGCUACCGCAAUGACGCCACAACGCGUGUGUGGGGAGGCCAAAGAUAACGGCUGUGCUGGUGGAGGUGGCAGUAAUGAUAAACAUCAUUCAUACACCGUUUCAUCAUGCAGUUAUAAACAAACAUCUUUACGAAAUCAACAACACAUUUCAUUUGUAACAAUUGUAUGUGUGGCCUUGAUUGGAUUAUUAGUGAUUGUUGAUACAACAGAGGCUUUAACAACAUUUGGAAAAACAAGAGUUGGUAGUACACCGAUUACACAACAACAAGGUGGUGGUAAAACACAACAAAGAAAAGUCAUGCAUCCAGCAUUCGCACAAGCCGGUCAAAAACCUGGAUUAGAAAUUUGGAGAAUUGAGAAUUUCGAACCAGUGCCAUUACCUGCUAAAGAUUAUGGGAAAUUCCAUACUGGUGAUUCUUAUAUAGUUCUUUUUACAAAAGAAAAAUCGGGCAAAAAAAGUUGGGAUAUUCAUUUCUGGCUUGGAUUAGAAACCUCUCAAGAUGAAUCUGGAGCAGCUGCUAUUUUAACUGUUGAACUUGAUGAUCAACUUGGUGGAAGUCCCAUUCAAUAUCGUGAAGUUCAAGAGCACGAAUCACAAACUUUCCUUUCACAUUUUAAGAGUGUUGGUGGUGUUCGUUACUUACCAGGUGGCAUUGCAACUGGAUUUACACAUGUUGAUCCAAAUGCAUUCGAAAAACGUCUAUUCCAAGUCAAAGGCAAACGUAAUAUUCGAGUGCGACAAGUAGAGCCAAGUUUAUCUUCUAUGAAUAAAGGCGAUUGCUUUAUAUUGGAUGUCGGCAAAGAUGUUUAUGUAUUCGUUGGUGAAAAAGCUAAACGUAGUGAACGUUUAAAGGCUAUUACUGCUGCAAAUACAAUCCGUGAUCAAGAUCAUGGUGGUCGAUCAAAGAUACAUAUUAUUGAUGAAUUCAGUAGAGAGGAGGAAACACAAGCCUUUUUCGAUGCACUUGGAUCAGGAAAUCGUCAAAGUGUUCCAGAUGAAUCUAGUGGUGGUGAUGAUGAAUCCUAUGAAAAGAAAGAUGAAGGAGUUACACUUUAUAGAGUUUCAGAUGCCACCGGUUCAAUAAAAUAUGAGCAAGUUAAUGAUAAACCAUUAAAACAAACUUCAUUAAACACAAAUGAUUGUUUCUACUUGGAUACAGUUUCAUCCGGUAUUUAUGCUUGGAUUGGUAAAAAAUGUACAGAAAAUGAAAAACGUGAAGUAAUGAAAAAAGCUGAAGAAUACAAAAAAACAAGAAAAUAUCCAGCUUGGGUUCCUGUACAAAGAAUUAUAGAAGGUGGUGAACCUGCAGCAUUUAAACAAUAUUUCCAAAACUGGCGUGAUCGUGGUGAAAUACAUAGCAGAAUUAUGAAACGUGCAGUCAAUUGGGAAAAUGAUAAUGAAAAACGUUUAUUAAAAGUUUUGCAAAAAAGCGGUGGUAAAGCUCAAUCAUUUAUGCCUGAUGAUGGUAAUGGUACCGUAGAAAUUUAUCGUGUUGAAAAUUUCGAAUUAGAACCAGUUAAUGAGAGUGCCCAUGGAAUGUUCUUUGGUGGUGAUUCAUAUGUUAUUAAAUAUCGUUAUAAUUCUGAAUUUGGAGACAAGUAUGUCAUUUACUUCUGGCAAGGAAAUUCUAGUACACAAGAUGAAAAGACUUCCGCAGCUUUACAUGCAGUUCGUUUGGAUAAUGAAUUAGGAGGAAAGGCUAUACAAAUACGAGUUGUUCAAGAUCAUGAACCAAAACAUUUCUUGACUAUUUUCAAAGGAAAAAUGAUUGUGUUUAUGGGUGGUAAAGCAAGUGGUUUUAGAAAUCUUCGCGAUCAUGACACAUACGAUGUAGAUGGAACUCGAUUAUUUAGAAUUCGUGGUACGAGCGAAGAAAAUGUACGAGCUACACAAUUACCAGAAGUUGCAGGAUCGUUAAAUUCUGACGAUGUAUUUGUUUUGGAAACACCUAAUAAUUUAUAUAUUUGGAAUGGAAAUGGUUCCAACGAAGAAGAACGUACGUUUGCUACAAAUAUAGCACCUAUAUUAGCACCAAAUCGUGAUGCUAUUAUUGUUAAUGAAGGUGACGAAUCUGAUGAAUUCUGGGAAGCUUUAGGAGGCAAAGGAGAAUAUCAUCAUGAAUUUAUUAAUCAUUCUGAUGAAGAUGAAACACGUUUAUUCCAUUGUCAUAUUACCAAACGAGGUUUAUUAAAAGUGGAAGAAAUUGACGAUUUCACUCAAGAAGAUUUAGAUGAAGAUGACAUCAUGAUUUUGGAUACUGGUGAUGAAAUUUAUAUUUGGAUUGGUAAUGAAUCGUCUGCGGAGGAAAAACGAGAAGUACUUAAAUUAGCUAAAUCAUAUUUACGUAAAAACCCAGAUGAACGUAGUCAUGAAGGUGAUGUUAUAAUAACAGUUAAACAAGGUCAUGAACCUGAAAGUUUUAAGGAAUUAUUCCCAUCGUGGGAUCCAAAUAUGUGGCAGAAUCAAAUGAGUUAUGAUGAAUUAAAACAACAAAUUGAGAAUGCAAAUAAUGAAAUUGAAGAUUAAUAAUUUUUGUUGGAUACGUUUUUUUAUUUUUGAUUCUAUUUAACCAAGAAAUUAAUUUCUCUACGUCAUUAAUUUUAUCUAUUAAUAUACACAUAUU